UGCGCACUUUUGGUCGUCAGUCAAACACUCUGACGUGCUGGGCGGCACACAGAAAAAAAAAAGAAAAAAAGAAAGGCGACGCACUUCACUUGUUUUCCUGAAGGAGAUGUGAUGAAGUGUUUGCACACAGUCAGUGGUUACAGAGCGGACUUAAUGUUGUCAUCUCUCUGAGGCUGUCUCUCCUGAGGAACUUCUGUAUAACUGUCUCUCUUGUCUGAUGGUUUCAAGUAACACCAGCUGAUCACCGCACUUUACUGACCACUGCUGUCACUAACUAGUGCAAGGGGGAUGAGGCUGACGGGGACCCUGCAGCUGGCUCUGCUCCUGGCCCUGACCUACAGAGCAGUGGGCCUCAGUAUCCCUCUGGAAGUGGAGCAGCCUCCGACCAUAAUAAAUCACACAUCAGGUCCCAUCAUCGCACUUCCAUUUGACAAUUUUAUCACAAUCAGGUGUGAAGCAAAGGGCAACCCACCCCCUGAAUACAGAUGGACCAAAGACGGCAAAGACUUUGAGCCCCCCCACAUGACCACCAGUGAUUCUGAUCGCACCGAUGGAAAGAUGGUGCUCAGCUAUAAAAACCUGAUCCACUUCCAGGGUAAAUACAGAUGCUACGCCUCUAACAAAUUAGGAACUGCAAUGACAGAGGAGAUCCAACUGAUAGUUGCCGCUAAUCCCAAGUUUCCAAAGGAAGAGAUCGACCCAUUAAUCGUUCAGGAAGGAGAACCCAUCGUCUUGCACUGCACUCCUCCAGAGGGCGUGCCACCACGACAGAUCUACUGGAUGACUAUUGGUCUCCAGCACAUUGAGCAAGAUGAGAGGGUUUCCAUGGACGUCAACGGCAACCUGUACUUCUCCUAUGCCUUGAGGAAAGACAGCCGCCCUGAUUACUGCUGCUUUGUCGCCUUCUCCAGAAUACGCACCAUUGCCCAGAAAACUGCCAUGGCUGUUAUUGUCCAGAGCUUGAACUCUGACAAUGAGACUGCAGACAGCAGUGAUGCCAUUGAAGAUCACCCAGUGAGAAAACCCGGCCUGCUGCUGCCCUCUGGCGUUCAGUCAGAGAAAGUGCUGUUGAAGGGAGCGGACCUGCAGCUUGAGUGUAUACCUCAGGGCUUUCCCAAUCCAACAGUUACGUGGAGGAAACUGGGAGAAGAGCUGUCUCCAAGGAAGAAGUUCAACAACUUUGGAAAGCUGUUAACCAUCCCUGCUGUGCAGGAGAGCGACCAGGGGAAAUAUAUGUGCACGGCCAAAAACCCUGCAGGAGAGGCCGUGCACUACUUUGAUGUAAUAGUGGAAGAGCCGCCGAAGUGGCUGACAGAGCCUCCUCAGAGCCAGCUCGCUGUGAUUGGGUCUGAUGUUCACGUCAAGUGCUCAGUGAGUGGAAAACCACCGCCAGACAUAACAUGGAGGAGGAAUGGAGAACGUAUCCAAGAUGACCCAGGCAGUAACAGGCGAGUGCUGGACGACACCAUGAUUCUUCACCGGGCCACAGCGGAGGACAGUGGUGUUUAUCAGUGUGAAGCCUCCAACAGUCACGGCAGUGUUAUGGCCAAUGUUAACAUCAUGAUAAUGAAUACAGCGCCUCAGAUCCUGACAAGAGACUUCCAAACCUACCCUGUGAUACUGGAGGGUAACGUGACCAUGAACUGCAGCGUGUUUAGUUCCCCGCCCCCCACCAUCUCUUGGGCCAGAGAUGAUUCUGCAGAAACUGUCAAGGAAGAACGAUUUUUUCCUCUCCAGAAUGGAUCUUUGCAAAUCAGCGGAGCAGAAAAAGGCGACAGUGGGGAAUAUGUGUGCACUGCCUUUAAUACAGAGGGGGAGUCAUCCGUCACCGCUGUGCUGGAGGUGAAAGACCCUACAAAAAUAGUGAGUCCACCUGAGGACAUGCAGGUCGUCAGUGGAACCACAGCACAGUUGAUGUGCCGGGCAGACUACGACAGGAGUCUGCAGAGUACUUUUGAGGUGGUAUGGACAAAGAACGGAGAAGAAAUACCGCUCCCUACUGAGGAACAUUCCAGAUACUUCGUGGAGGAUGGAACGCUGCAGAUCAUGAGUGUGAACCUCACUGAUGAGGGAACCUAUUCGUGCACUGCCAGAACCAGUCUGGACGAGGACAGUGCCACUGCAUAUGUUACUGUACUAGAUGUUCCUGAUGCUCCGAAGAAUUUGCAGGUUUCCGAAGCCACAAAUCCCAGGAACGUGGUCCUGACGUGGGUACCUGGGAUCGACCACAACAGCUCAGUAACAGAAUUCGUGGUGGAGUACGAGGAGAGUCAGUGGGACCCUGGCAGGUGGAAAAAGCUGCAGAAAGUUGCUGGUAACCAGGCAACAGUGGAGUUGGCUCUACAAGGACACAUUAACUAUCAGUUCAGAGUUUAUGCUCUUAAUGCUGUUGGGCCUGGGCCCCCCAGUGAGCCCACUGAGAGAUACAAAACACCCCCUGCUGCUCCUGAUAGAAACCCAGAGAACAUCAAAAUCCAAGGUGUUCUUCCUCACCAAAUGGACAUCACCUGGGAGCCGCUGAUGCCUAUAGAACACAACGGUCCAGGCCUGGAGUACAGGGUGAGCUACAGGAGACUGGGUGUGGACGAUCAGUGGAAGGAACACAUGGUUAAAAGACACAGCUUUGUUGUGAAGAACACAACCACAUUUGUGCCCUACGAGGUCAAAGUUCAGAGCAGGAACAGCCUGGGCUGGGGCCCUGAACCUAAAGUUGUUACGGGUUACUCCGGAGAGGAUGUCCCUACAUCAGCACCAAAGAACGUAGCAGUGGAGGUGGUGAACAGCACCAUCCUAAGAGUCAGCUGGACCCCAGUUCCAGCUGCUACAGUCAGAGGUCAUCUCGGCGGCUACAUAGUGCACUGGUCACGUCGGCGGAGUCUGCUUGAUCCCAACAGGAUCCUAGACAUCCACCAGUCUCUGUCCUUCCCAGGGAACAGGAGUAACACCGAAGUGCCAGGAGUCAAACCUUUCUCAGAGUACACACUCACGGUCAACGUUUACAACAAGAAGGGCAACGGGCCCAGCAGCGAUCCAGUUACUUUCAACACCACGGAGGGAGUUCCUGGACUAGUGCCUGUCCUCACUGCCUCCAAUGCUCAGAGGGACUCCAUUCUGCUGGUGUGGGGACCACCGCUGGAGACAAACGGCGUCCUGACUGGUUAUCUACUGCAGUUCCACCUCCUUAAUGAGACCUCACGUGAAAUGGCCGACUCCCAGGAGGUGAACAUCACCGGGCCUGACACCACUCAGUGGCAGCUGCAGGGCUUAGAGCAGGGCAGCCUCUACAGCUUCCGCCUCAGCGCCUGCACACGAGCAGGUUGUGGACUUCCGCUGGCCCAGGAGAGCAGCACAGUCACUGCAGGACAUUUGUCCCUGACUCCAGCUGUGGCCCCUGUUCAGAGCAUUCCAGUCCUGUUGAAUGUAAGCACUUAUGUGAGUGACACCUUUGCUAAUAUCAGCUGGACGACCACAGAUCCACAGCAGGACUCUCAGCUCUAUGUGGCACACGUAAAUAACCGUGAUGGUAACUGGCGGAUUUCAGAGGCUGUAAACACUUCUCAAAGUUUCCACAUAAUUGAUGGGCUCAUACCCGGGACGAUGUACACUGUGCGCCUCACGGCCAAGAGUCCGCUUGAUAACACUAGCAUUUACGAGGACGUUAUCCAGACUCGAUUUAAAGGCGUGGAAGGUCAACAGAGGGACCCCUCGAUCCAUGGAUGGGUUAUCGGGACCAUGUGUGCUGUGGCUAUUCUCACCCUGGUCGCACUCAUGGCCUGCUUUGUGCGGAGAAACCGAGGUGGGAAAUAUUCAGGUACGGCACCGUCAGGACAGAGACAAGAACAGGGUCACAUGGGAACAGUGAAAGAGAAGGAGGACCUGCACCCUGACAUGGAGUCACAGGGAAUGAAUGAUGACACCUUCUGUGAAUACAGUGACAGCGAGGAGAAACCACUGAAGGGCGGCAGCUUGUGUUCCAUGAACGGCAAUGACACGGCCGGGGACAGCGUCAGCAGAGACAGCCUGGUGGACUACGCCGACGGUGGACGGGAGUUCGACGAGGACGGUUCGUUUAUUGGGGAAUAUUCUGGACACAGGCAUGCAGGGUCCGUCAGCGAGCCCAGUGGGUUCACACCGGUCAAUGCCUAAAGAGAGGCUGCAGUCUGCUACCAAUCCUCUGGAGACACAUUUCAGCUCAGCUUCCUUGACAAUGGAUGUAUUGUAAAGAGACAAUUUGGAGACAAUGACUCAAAAGUGCAGAGAAAAGUUUUGUCCAGAAGCCUGGACAGUUAAAGUCAUUUUAAACACGGCUGAACCAUUUGAAACUGUACAUACUGUAAGAGUUUGGACUGUAUAAUUUGAAUGUUUUAUGAUUUAUUAAUAAAUGAAGUUUUGUACUUAGACAUUUCCAGUGAAAUCAAUGGUUUUGCAACACCUAAAAAAAUCAUUUUCUACGUUGAAAAUUAUAAUAAUUUAAAUGAACGUGUAAAACCACAAAGGUUUGAUUUUCUCACAGUUGCUUGUUGCUGUUGACAUUUCCCUUCUUGUUGUCAUUGCUUCAGCUCCUUGAUUUAUGUCUUCAGUUAUUUAUUUUUAUUAUUGGACUGAAGGCUAAUAUAAAACCACGAGGAUUCAGCAUGGCUGUGUCCAGUGAAAGUCCUGCUUCUGAGGUCAAGGAAAAG